AUGGCCACUCUUUUCCUGGCUGCUGCGACCAGCGUUGCUGCCAAGAAGCACUCCGAACUCCACUGCAUCACCGCCAGUGGUAGCGGCCAGUUCAUCGUCGGCCUGCCUAAGUUGGGCGCAAUGGAACUGACAGAACGAAAGAACAAUGACGUGACCAGAAAGACUUGCACCGGCUUCUGCUCAGACUGUGUCCUCUCAAACAGUGGAACCACCAUCACUUACAAGUCUCCCGGCAAGCUAAUGGAGGGCGGCGACUUCUCCGAAGCCUGCAUCAAGAACGGUGGCUCUGGAAGCGAGUAA